AUGGGUGACCAAGAGGAGGAAGUAGCGGCUGGGUCCUGGGAGGAGUGGGUGUGGCUGAACGCUGAGCGCUCAUGGACUCACUCUGAGAUAUUUCACCUGGGCCUUUCAGAUCCUGACCAUGGGAUCCCUGAAUGUAUUUCAGUUGGAUAUACAGGCUAUCAUCCCUUGACCACAUAUGAUGAUGUGUCUCUUCAGAAGGAGCUGCAGGUCCCAUGGUUGGCAGAGAACCUCAUGCCUGAUCAUGGGGAGAGGAACACUCAGCUGCUGAGGGGCUGGCAGCAGGCGUUCAGAGUGGAACAUGCAGGAUCACUGCGUGUCUCAGGGGUUCACACGUACCAGAGAAUGAUUGGCCGUGAUUUGCUGGAGGUUGGAAGCACUGUGGGGUUUCUCCAGUAGGCAGGUGACAGACAAGAUUUCAUUAUCUUCUAUAAAGACAGCCUUUCCUGUAUAGCUAUAGAGAAUGUGGCUCACAUCAUCAGGUGGGUGCAGGAGGUCAAAUGGCAUGAGUUACUAUAUCAAAAGAAUUAGCUGAAAGAAGAAUGUAUUGCCUGAUUAAGGAGAUUCCUGGAGUAUGGGAAAGACGCCCUACAAGGGACAGGUAAAGAGGAGGGAGAACACCUUUCUCCAUAUCCACAGACCCUUGGGUUUAUUAUAGAACUUUUUAUAAUCUGUAUUCACCUAAUUACAGUCACCCUAUUCUGA